AUGCGUGCUUCGGGCAAGGUUUGCGUCUGAGCAUUCUUUUCCUUACAGUUAUGUAGCUUAAGCUGUACAUCGUUGUGGGCAGAAAACUGCCUUCGAAUAAGGAUCCCAAGCCAUCUCCUUAUCGGAUGCGCAUCUUCGCCCCAGAUUCCGUGACGGCAAAGUCGCGUUUUUGGUACUUCAUCAGACAAUUGAAGAAGAUGAAGAAGGGGAACGGAGAGAUAGUGUCCUGCAAGCGAGUAUGUUAGUCUUGUCGUCGACUUUUUUCUUUGUCAAUUUUUGACAAUUGAACCUUUAGGACAGUCGGUUCGAACUAUUUUCUGACUUUGAAGUCUUAAUGCCGAUCUAGACGGCCUACCACGCAUGAUCACUGGCUGACUAAUGUACGUUCUUCGGCUAAGCUCAUGCGCAUACUAAUCACUUUAGGGAGUUUCCUCCUAUAAAGUGACAAUCUGUUGUGAACUCAUAGUCACAAAAUAACCGUAUUGGAGACGGCCGGAGAUGCCCCUUUCUAUGUCAGCCUAGGAUGAUUUUCUCUGCUGUCACCAUCUGAUCCUUCCAACCGCUUUCCGUGUUAGAUCUUGCUGAAUUAGAAGGACAGCCGGAACUUCAAAACUGUUAGAACUCGCCUUGACAGUGACUCGUGUUUCGCUCUCUUUAGUGUCGUUGCCAGGUCUCAUGCCGAACAACCCACUUUCACUUGUCACAAGCAGUUCCAUCCGUGGGUACUGUCCGCCGUAAUCGUAAAGUAGUAUUUGCGCGUCACCCGCGACUUGUCGGUGCAGAUUUUCCUUUCCACGUGUACGACUGAUAAUCUAUCAAAUCCUCUGGAGGCGUGGGUCUUCGGCGCGCCUUCCGACACCAAUAAACAGCUUCACGGGCUCAUUUUAUCUUGGGCAUCGGUGCUUGUCGAACGAAUUGCUGGGGAGAAGCCUAGGAGAUCCGAAUUCAUACCGGCCACCGAGUCCUGCCUGGGUGGCUGGGCGUUAUGCUUCGUCAAAACUUCGUCCUUUGUUGGAAUCCUAUCUUUUCCCUGUAGUGGGUACAUUUGGCCUUGCUACGCAGUGGUCCCUUAUCGCGACAUUUUCUCGAUGUACAUGAAGGGCCAUAACCAACUAGUCGCCUUUUUACUGAUUGAUCGGCAAAGUUAGCAUUCAGAUAAGAGUUAAGUCUUCAUGGGACCCCGGGUCUCCUGUUUAAACAUUGCCGCAUGCUUACCGGCCCCUAAGCAUAGCUUCGUGGGCUCAUUGUAAUGCGGAUAGUGAUCCUCUUGUAGGUUGUUACAGGAGAAACAGUUCUUAGAAUCCCGCAUUCUUACCGGCCAUCGAGUCUGUCUUGGAUGGCUAAAUGCUAUGCGGAGACCAAGGCUUCUUCUUCUUGUUGAAGCGACAUCUCGUUCCUGCCUUGAGUACAUUUAUGUUUGAUGGUUAGUGGUGCAUAUGAAGGAUUAUGGCUUACUAGUCACUUCUUUACUGGCGGGUUGAUGAGAUUAGCAACUAGGUAUUCGGUUUUAGGUUUUUUAGGACAUGAAACCCAAAUUCCCCUGUUUAGACAUAACCACAUGCUUACCGACCCCAAAACAUAGUUUAGUGGGCUCAUUAUUAUGCGGGUAGAGAUUCUAAUGUAGAUUAUUACAAGAGAAACAAUCCGAGAAGUCCGCAUUCUUACCGGCCAUCAAGUCUACCUUUAAUGGCUAAAUGUUAUGCGGAAAUCAAAGCUUUUUUAUCUAGUUGAAGCAACAUCUUGUUCCUGUAUUGAGUACAAUUACGCUUGAUAUACAGUGGUCCCUUAUCGCUACAUUGCUCGGUGCAUAUGAAAGGCCAUGACCGACUAGUCGCCUUUUUAUCGACUGAUCGGCAAAGUUAGCAUUCAGACACGAGUUAAGUUUUCAUCGGACAUGGGACCCCGGGUCUCCUGUUUAAGCAUUGCCGCAUGCUUACCGGCCCCAAAGCAUAGCUUCGUGGGCUCAUUGUAAUGCGGAUAGUGAUCCUCUUGUAGGUUGUUACAGGAGAAACAGUUCUUAGAAUCCCGCAUUCUUACCGGCCAUCGAGUCUGUCUUGGAUGGCUAAAUGCUAUGCGGAGAUCAAAGCUUUUUCUUUUUGUUGAAGCGACACCUCGUCCCUGCCUUGAGUACGUUUAUGCUUGGCAAGCAGUGGUCCCUUAUCGCGACAUUUAGGCGCUUCAUAUAGAAGUUGGGCGCUUCAUAUAGAAGGCGAUGACUAACCAGUUGUCUUUUUGCCGGCUGGUCGGAAAAAAUGGCAAUUAAGUUUCAGCAUUUAAGUUGUAUUAAGACGUAAGAUCCCAGGUAUCCUGUUUAGACAUGACCGCAUGCUUACCACUCCCAAAACAUAGUUUCGUGAGCUCAUUGUGACACGGAUAGUGAUUCUCUUGUAGAGGAACGACCCGAGAAGUCCACAUCCUUACCGGCCAUCAAGUCCAUCUCGGAUAUUUAAAUUCAAUGUGGAAGUCGAAGACUUUUUGUACCGAAGCUGCAUGUUGCGUUUUUCUGUCAUUUUGUGAUUACAUUAUGUUUCUAUUGUCUAGCUUCACCCCAAGAAACCGCUGACCGUCAAGAACUACGGUGUAUGGAUUCGUUAUGACAGUCGCUCUGGCACGCACAAUAUGUACAAGGAGUAUCGUGAUCUCACCGAAGAGGGCGCGGUGACUCAGCUUUACCGUGAAAUGGGAGCCCGCCAUCGCGCACGUGCAACUUCAAUUCAGGUGAUCAAAGUUGAGGCCAUUCCUGACUCCAAGUGUCGUCGUCCCCACGUCACCCAGUUCCAUGAUCGCAAUCUCAAGUUCCCUCUUCCUCAUCGUGUCACCCGUCGCCUCCAUGCGCCGCGCUUCACUACUUCCCGGCCUCUUACCACUUUCUAA